AACAACACGUGAAAUAUACAGGACUUUAUAUGAUCUAGUUUAUUUUCCUGAAAGAGAGUCAAACUGAAAAGUAGGACGCAGUUGAGAUUCAAAAAUUAAACCUACACGCCAGAGAGAAAAACAAAGAAGCAAAAGAUGAGCUUGCCCGAUCUACUCAAAGACGUCAACUCGGCAGAGACGCCAGAGAAAAGCUCUGCCCCACAACUACUAGUCUGUUCUAUGAAGUACGACGGAGAAGUAGGAGGUCCCUGUAAACCAAAGAAACUGCCUCUGAGAGAAACCAUGAGUGCUGGAGGUGGAAUCGGACAUGGUCUUGGGUCCACGCUAGGCACCAUCAAUUCUGCUGUCACUGAUUUCGACUGGGAGAGCGACUCACUUAGUUCCUUAGACGAAGGAGAAGCAGCAUGGGACGCCCUGGGACGUAUGAACUCCAUCAGACGAUCGAAUCGCUUUGACAAGCCGCAAUUACUGACUGUGGAGCUGAAAAGAACUGCUGAUGGUUUCGGAUUGGAGCUGGAGGGUCGCUCACCCCCUCUCAUUCAUGCUGUCUCUGGUGAAGCCGAAACCAAAGGAUUAAGAGCAGGUGAUAUCAUCCUUGAAGUCAAUGGGGUUAGUGUCAGAGAGUACAGUCACCAAGAAACUGGUAGACUCAUAGCAAAAGAUGGAGCCACUGGUGUCAUACUACUAGUACGGACAGUCAAACCGACCAUAACUCCUAGUGGAAAGAUAGUGUAUGCUGACUGGCUGUAUAAAAAAGGAGGCUCGGGGUUUGCCGGUCGUUCGUGGAGAAAGCGAUGGUUUGUAGUUAGAGAUGACUGUGUUGCAUACUAUUACCCAGCAGCUGAAGAGAACAUUAGGCCACUCGGUGCUGUUGUUCUACAUAACUACACGAUCAGUAAAGCAGCGAAUGAGAGCAAGAAACUUUAUUGUUUCAAGGCUGUCAAGGGAGGAGCAAAGAUGUAUCUGUUUGCAGCUGAAGACGAAGCAAAAAUGAAUAGGUGGGCUCAAGUCUUCACAGAGGCAGCAAAUUUGGAAAACAGGGAGCAAGUACACAUUACAGGGAGUGCACAAAAUGUCAGUGUCAGUGCCCUUUCAAUCAAGAACCCAGAGUGUCACGGGUUCCUCUACAAGCAGCAGGGGAGAGGGAUAUUAGGAUGGAAGAGAAUAUACUGCAUCUUAAAAUGUAGACAACUCUUUUUCUAUUCCAAUAUGGCUGACCGAAUGGCACUAGGCGUCCUUAACUUGGACACUUAUGAAAUCUCAAGCGGAAAAAGCAAAGAAAAGAAGUUUUAUUUCCAUGCCGUCCCUGCGUACUCUUCCUUGAAAAAUGUUAACUUUUAUGUCGAGACAGAAAGCGAGAGAGAAAGAUGGUUGGACAGCAUUGCUAAAUCAACUCAAGGUCCCACUCCUCUCCAAAGAACUACAUGAACUCUCUCUCUAUAUAUAUAUUUAUAUAAUAUCAUAUAUUUAGCCAUUUAUUAUUAUUAUUAUUAUUAUUCUGUAUAAUCUUUCUCACUCUUUUCUCUCUCUCUCUGUACAAUGCUCCUUCAAUUAAUAUUUAAUUAUUCAUUGAUUUAUGCAUUAUAGCGUAAUAAACAGUAA